AUGCCAUUCCAAUGCUCCGAUUGCGGGAAACGAUUCUCUCGCCUUUGGCUGUUGGAGAGCCAUCAUCGUGUGCACACCGGCGAGAAGCCGUUCUCCUGUCCGGGCUGUGGGAAACAUUUUGCAGACCGGUCCAACAUGAGGGCGCACCGAAGGACGCAUGAGGCGAAACACGAGCUGUGA